AUGUAUUUGCUAAAUGAUGACGUUUCGAAUGAUACCGCUCACAAUGUCUGUACUAGUCUUGACUCUCUUCAAUCUCGUCUUGAAGUUGUCGACCGGGACACGAUACGCCGUAAAUUUGCGCGCUACAGUCGUCAACACGCACAUGUCGAUGAUCUUUCCGGCAUAAAUCGAUACAAUUCCGUAUUACUACAGAGCUCCAUGUUAUUACAAGAGGACGGAGCACUAGCAGCGAGACUAGACGACGUUAUAUACCUACUGGACGGUCUAUUAGGCCACGUCAAGACACGAAAAGGACACUUGGCUCCGACAUGUAGUGUCUUGGAAUUAAUACAAUUACUACAAGAUCCAAGGAUCUUGCAGGCUGUGGAAUUGUCGUGUCAGAGACGUCAGAUUCAGUCCAAGAUGAAGGAAUUACUACUUACGAAGCUAAUACAAAGUACAGAAGCAGGAGACGAAAUGUUUCGCAUCUCACUGGCAGUAUUGGUCUAUAUUUUAUCAAGAAGUUCAAAUGCAGAUGAGUAUUUUGAUUAUAACGUAUUGGAUGCAGUGGUUUGUGCAAUAAAACAAGAAGUGACACGAGAUGAGACGAAAGGAACUCAGGAGCAAGCGGAAAAUGUUGUAGAGACAAAACCAGCGAGUGUGACUGAAUCUACACAGCAAAGUCGUUUACUAGGAAAAAAGCGCCUGAAACGGAAGCAGAGUUCGUGGCAACAGACUUUGAAGCCAAAGAAUACUGUGGAUGUAUUUUCUCGUGCUGAAAAAGUGUCAUUGGUGGGUCCAACAUUGGUAAAGGUACAUAUUCUGGAUGAAUCUUGUUGGGCUAAACUGGAUGAGCAAUUGCGCGACCAUGAAUCGUUUUAUGUUGAAGAUAAGCUGCAUGUUUCUGUGAUAAGUGCAUUAAGCGCUGCUUUACACAUCCUGCUGCAAGUUGGUGGAUGUUCGUUGAGCUUUUCUUCAAAUAGAGCUCAGCAGUAUCAGCGAGAAGUAAAUGCUCAAUUAGAUGGUGCUGUAAAAGAUGCCGCAGAAGAUGCCUUUCAACUGAUUCGAGCACGGAAAUGUCAGCUUGUACGGAACGGCGCAAUCGACGUGUUAGUGUGUAGUCUUGCUCAGCUGCUAAAUGGCGUUGAAGCAUUGUUGCCAUCGACUUCCGUUAGAGAGAUUACGCUUGAGUGCGCUUAUUUGUUCAAUAGCGUCAGUAUGCUGCUAGGUGUCUUUGAUCAAGUAACGUAUUUAGCCUUGGAUGUGCAGCGAUAUAUUUCAAAAAGAAAAGACCUUUUUGCGUUGUUGCUGAAGCUGAUCCAGUUACUUAGUGAGCUCAGCUGGGGUAUGCAUGCGCGAAAGCGGUGGGAGAUUGAAUUCACGCGGAUGUCGUUGGCUGUUGAAGUGUUGCUGGCGGCUUUGCGCGUGUUAACUAAUUUGACUCAUCACAACCUGAAGGCAGCAAGCCACGUUUUUGCCUUAGGUGGCAUGCAGCUGCUUCCAUCCUCUUUUUUCCAGCUACGAAGUCUUGUGGCGACCGCAAAAAAACCUCCCAUGUCAUCGUCGGUGACGAGCAAAUGGGAGUUUGAUGCGUGUUUACUGCUACUAAGUGUGAUGUUGAACAGUAUUGAGUUCAGUGAGGAGAACCGUGACGCUCUAGCAAGCGCAUCAAUAUGCCAAGUUGAGUCGGUUUGUGAUGCUUUCGAUCUAUUUACGCGAUUUUUCCUCGCAAAACUGCAGUCAUAUAAACAUUUGAUUGAUUUGACUGAGACUCAAGGCGCGAGUGGGGCAAUUUUGAUGGAAGACAAAGGUGACGACUGGAACCCGGAGGAUGUGAUUCUCGGGGGGUUGCGCGUCAAUGCUGCUCGGAUAUUUGAUGAAGGGCUCCCCGGACAAUUUGUGUUUGCUGCUUUCCACUCGCAGAUCGAUGCACUGACCCCUGAUGUUGCACAAUCCAUCCUUCAUGUUGAAGACGUGCUGAAGUCAUGUGAGGGGAAUGGGUUUGAAACGUACAAACGUUGUCUGACGCCAGGUGUUGAUGCAAAAGCGUAUCCUGGUGUUUUUGCGUGGCAAUAUGAUUUCUCAAUGUCAUCGGAUUCGAUUCUAGCAGCAAGAAGUGAAGAGGCUGGCAUCAAUUUCAAUUCUGUGCUGACCGAGAAAUUCGUUCAGUGCGAAAGCAGUGGUAUUUUACCAUCAUCUCUACAAGUUCGCACGCUGAAAAACGUUUGCUUUGAUUUGGAUGAUUCUGAUGAGGAUCAUGAGCCACAAGGGCAGAUUCGAGACAAUGUGCUGGCCACGAAGGCGGCUCGAGCAAGCUCUCAGAACCUCCAGGCUAUUGAAAUUCUUGUCCCAGCUCAUACUCUGCCGAGAACCCCGUGUAGGAAACAGGCUCAAUUGGAGUUUUCCGUGGAAGCAUCUCCAGCUUUGCAAACACGUACAAUGAGUCCUUCGCACGCCAGUAGAUCCACGCCCACCGCAGUUCGUCCGGACGGCUCGUUAUCAUCACCAGUCGUUGCGCGACUUCUGAAACGAACUCGUGAACUAGUUGAAGAAUUCGACGUUGAGUUUGCAACAUUGAAUUGCUCAAUUCGUGAGACGAAAGUCGAAAAUAACACCACAAAAAGAGUUGACAGUGCACGGUCGCCAGAUAUGACGCUUACGAUGACUGUGUCUUGCGAUGAUUGUGGGAGUGAAAGGUUGGAUCUUUCUCAAAAUGUGCGUGCCGAAAACUGCAAUGUCAUUGAGACCACCAACAAGAUUGCUGAGGAGCUCGACGACCGUGUUGGGAUGUCAUUCAAGCGAAAAACAAAGAGCGCGCGGAAUUCCGACGGAAUGGCGAAAAGUUCUAUCGGGCACGAGAGCUCAUCGUUUGAAUACACGCCCGCAGAAGCGUUAUCAUCUACCCCUCUGCGUACGCAACAAAGUAAAGCACUGCUGCGAACGCCAACCAGAGAUAGAUGCUCUCCCGGGUUCUAUCGAUCAUCACCAUCACUCAAUCUGACGCCUACGAAGACGACUCCAUCAACGCCGUUAUGGCUAAGAAAGUCUGCGGGGCUGCUGCAGGCGUCAAUGAAGAGCGAUCACUCUUACAAACCUAGUCAGUCGCGCCUGUUGGUAAGUCCGCGUCACCGAAAGGCAAGAAAAGCUCGUGUUCCUGCAUCGGCUCGAUCUAGCUCUAUAUUUGACUUCACGGCUUAG